ACCAAGGACUAGACCUUCACCGUCCGGGGUUCACCUCUGGAUUCUUGGAAUCUCAGUUCGUCAGUCUCACUGACUCCGGAGCUGCUCGCAGGUCUUUCCUUAUGCAGGAUGAAUUAAGAGGAACAGCUGCUAACUAAUUAGGAAUGGAGAGCAGUUUGCCAGUUUCCAACAUGCAAGACCCUUCCUCUUCACCCUUGGGAAAACCUCACAACUCAGCCAAUGGUAAUGGAGAUCUGGAUUCAGAAGAAGGUUCAAGCUUGGAGGAACUCGGCUUUAACUGGGGAGACUAUUUGGAAGAAACUGGCGCAAGCGCGGCUCCUCACACAUCGUUCAAACAUGUUGAAAUCAGCAUUCAGAGCAAUUUCCAGCCAGGAAUGAAAUUGGAAGUCGCCAAUAAGAACAACCCGGACACGUACUGGGUGGCCACCAUCAUCACGACCUGCGGACAGCUGCUGCUGCUGCGCUACUGUGGUUAUGGGGAGGACCGCAGGGCUGACUUCUGGUGUGAUGUGGUGAUCGCAGACCUCCACCCCGUGGGGUGGUGCACACAGAACAACAAGGUGUUGAUGCCGCCAGACGCAAUCAAAGAGAAAUACACAGACUGGACAGAAUUUCUUAUUCGGGAUUUGACUGGUUCACGGACAGCACCCGCCAACUUACUGGAAGGUCCUCUGCGAGGGAAAGGCCCUAUAGACCUCAUUACAGUUGAUUCCUUAAUAGAACUUCAGGAUUCUCAGAACCCUUUUCAGUACUGGAUAGUUAGUGUGAUUGAAAAUGUUGGAGGAAGAUUACGCCUUCGCUAUGUGGGAUUGGAGGACACUGAAUCCUAUGACCAGUGGUUGUUUUACUUGGAUUACAGACUUCGACCAGUUGGUUGGUGUCAAGAGAAUAAAUACAGAAUGGACCCACCUUCCGAAAUCUAUCCUUUGAAGAUGGCAUCUGAGUGGAAAUGUGCUCUGGAAAAAUCCCUUAUUGAUGCUGCAAAGUGUCCUCUUCCAAUGGAAGUAUUCAAGGAUCAUGCAGAUCUGCGAAGCCAUUUCUUCACAGUUGGUAUGAAGCUAGAAACAGUGAAUAUGAGUGAGCCCUUCCAUAUCUGUCCUGCAUCAGUGACUAAGGUUUUUAACAAUCAUUUUUUCCAAGUGACUAUUGACGAUCUGAGACCAGAACCUAGUAAACUCUCAAUGCUGUGCCAUGUAGAUUCUUUGGGGAUUUUGCCAGUACAAUGGUGCCUUAAAAAUGGAGUUAAUCUCACUCCUCCCAAAGGUUACUCUGGCCAGGACUUUGACUGGGCUGAUUAUCACAAGCAGGAUGGGGCCGAAGCAGCACCUCCCUUCUGCUUCCGAAAUACAUCGUUCAGCCGGGGUUUCACAAAGAACAUGAAACUAGAAGCUGUGAAUCCCCGGAAUCCCGGAGAACUCUGCGUGGCCUCCGUGGUCAACGUCAAGGGGAGGCUCAUGUGGCUCCACCUGGAAGGUUUGCAGACUCCUGUCCCGGAGUUCAUUGUGGACGUGGAAUCUAUGGAUGUCUUUCCCGUGGGCUGGUGUGAAGCCAAUGGGUAUCCCUUGACGACCCCGCAGAAAACUGUGUCACAAAAGAGACGGAUCGCUGUUGUGCAACCAGAAAAACAAAAGCCCCCUCUUUCUCCCAUGGAGAAGCUGCCCCAUAUUCUGGUCCUGAGGCAUCAGCUGCGUUGGUCUUCCCCUGCAGGUACUGUCAACGGGAAGUACUGCUGCCCUCAGCUUUUCAUCAACCACAGGUGUUUCUCAGGCCCUUAUCUCAACAAAGGAAGAAUCGCCGAGCUGCCUCAGUCGGUGGGACCAGGCAAAUGUGUGCUGGUUCUGAAAGAGGUCCUCAGCAUGGUCAUCAAUGCCGCCUACAAACCUGGGAGGGUGUUACGAGAAUUACAGCUGGUGGCAGACCCACACUGGAACUUCCAGGAGGAGACGCUGAAAGCCAAGUACCGGGGCAAAACAUACAGGGCAGUGGUCAAGAUUGUGCGGACGUCCGAUCAAGUGGCAGAUUUCUGCCGACGAGUGUGUGGCAAGCUGGAGUGUUGUCCAAAUUUGUUUAGUCCUGUGCUGGUUUCUGAAAACUGCCCAGAGAACUGCUCCAUUCACACCAAAACCAAAUACACCUAUUAUUAUGGAAAGAGAAAGAAGAUCAUUAAACCCCCAAUCGGUGAAAACAGCAUGGAGAGUGGGCACCCGAAGCCAGCCAGGCGCAGGAAACGGAGAAAGUCCAUUUUUGUGCAGAAGAAACGGAGAUCUUCGACGGUGGACUUGACACCGGGGUCAGGGGAGGAAAGUGAAGAAGAGGACCCAGACAUGGCCAUGGAAGAUGACACCGGGAGCGAGGAGACGGGCUCGGAGCUGCGGGAUGAUCAGACAGACACCUCCUCCGUGGAGGUCCCCUCUGCCCGCCCCAGGCGGGCGGUCACCCUGAGGAGCAGCGCGGAGCCGGAGCGGCGUCCUGCGGUGGAGAGGACACGGAGGGGCAGGAAAGCACAGCCCCCCUCCUUGGCGGAGGAAGAGAAGUGCACUGCGGCCAAGCAGGAGGCAGCCGAGGAAAUGAAGCAGGACGAGGAGGAGAGACUGGUUCUGGAGAGCAACCCCUUAGAGUGGACGGUGACCGAUGUGGUCAGGUUCAUUAAACUGACAGACUGCGCCCCCUUGGCCAAAAUAUUUCAGGAACAGGACAUUGAUGGGCAGGCACUCCUCCUGCUGACUCUUCCCACGGUGCAGGAGUGCAUGGAGUUGAAGUUGGGGCCGGCCAUCAAGCUGUGCCAUCAGAUCGAGAGAGUGAAAGUGGCGUUCUAUGCCCAGUAUGCCAACUGAGCCGGCCUCCCCGGCGCUGCCCGUGGAUGGGAUCUUGGUGAAGCAGUGACGUGUGUGAGAGUCUUCGGGACUCUACCUUCGAUUGUCCAGGAUCUGUGAAGUGGUCACCGAAAUGCAAGAAAGCCAAGACCUCCUCCCUCCACCAGCUUGUUUGAUAUGUCCAUGUUUUUAAAGCACACUCAAGUCCCACCACAGUCGUGUCUGGAGCUUCUACAUGCGAGUUCUGUGUUGAACCCGACCGGAACAUGGAAGAGCUUAUUUACAUAUGAUGUAAUCCACAUCUAGCCUUUGCCCUACCAAACCAGGCAGCUGCCUUUCAACAAGGUUUCCUCAACCAAGGGCCCUAGAGGAUACCUUACCGGUAGGCAUUGCUAUAACCAUUCUCAGGCGCAUUUAUACAUGCUUCUCUCAUAGCGAUAACCCACGUGACUGUGUGAGUGACCUGGUCUAUCACUGCAAUUUGACCUUGGUGGGAACUCAUUUCUCAAGCAGCUGCUGUUUCAGAGUGUAGUUAUACAAAGAUGAGAUAAGCCGCCAUCCUCAGCCAGCCUGCUUUGAGGGUGGAGACCAUUUUUCUUGAGUAAUUGAACUCCAGAAAGUCUUUCCAGACAAAUCUUAUUUGUAGACUUGGUUGGAACCUCAGCUGUCUUCAGUGCUUUGGUUUUAUUGUAGCUCAGUCAGGGAGUGGCUCCUUGAGUCUUCUGAGCAAUAUCAGAGGCAGAAUAAUGUGACGCUAUGUGGGGAGAGCAUUUCUUCACCGGGGUCACUGAGCGGGUCACCAGAAGGGACUGUCCCUUAACACCACUUUUGUUCAUCUGUGGCUUGCCACCUGUGCCUGAGGAUGGCAGGCCAUGUGAUCCUGCCAUGAUACAUCUCUAGGAGCACUGGGACUGGAGUCAACCCAGGUCCCGAUCCUGGCUUUGCUGCUAAGGCUUCACUCCGUGACCUUGGGCAACUUGGUCUUCUCUGGGCAUCCAUUUCUGUCACCUGUCCGGUUUGAACACUGUGGAGUGUAAUGUGUCGUAGUGAAUCCGCGUCUCCCCAUGACUCCAGCUUGCUCAUCCCAUGAGGUGUGUAUGCAGAUUGGCCCAAAUAAGAACAGAGAAUGCCCUUCUGUUAUUCCUGAAGCUCACUUUGCUUUGAAGUUCCUUCUUGAACUAUCCUCAUUAAGCCAGCCAUUUAGAGGCAGCUGGAUGGCUCUGAGCUAGGCCAGUCUUUAGGCCAAGCCGUGAAUUCCCAUGAGUGUUCCAGUGUAGCCAGUUCAAAUGCAGAGGCUUCCUAUUGGAUUACUGUAACCUGUUGUGAUGAUAGCGGCCUUAAAUACACACACACACACACACACACCUUUUUAACCUUAUUUAAGAAAAGGACAACUUCAAGUUGUCCAUAAGUUGGCAUGUAAAGCAGAGGCGUCCCGUUGCUUUUUUAACAAUAAUUACCUUGCUCUUUCCUCUUUUUAACAAUAAUUACCUUGCUCUUUCCUCUUUUUAACAAUCACUACCUUGCUCGUCUUCCUCAUCGAGAUGACAGCCUCGAUCGAUCCAGUAAUGCAACCUGGUGGGCGUUUAUUAGCUGAUCCUGUAUUUGUGACACUUUAAAGCGUUAUCGUGGCUCAGACUUGGAAAGCUCAAGGUAACCCUCCUGAGUAUCCUGUUAGCCGUCACAGAUGAACAUAGGAAACACAUGUUUGCUGCUUGAUACUUUCUAGCCUCGCUGGUAGCUGAUUUCUAUGGGCAGCCGCGUUUAAUCCGGUGACUAGUGUACUUGCGCAGGGCCGUCAGUGGAACUGGAGAUGGGUGGAAAGGUGCAUGGUGGUUCGUGGUUGGCUUGCAGUCAGAUUCCUUCUUCUAAGCUAGCGUUUUGAUCUGCUCUCAGUUUCACACCCCUGCCUUCUUAGCUCCACCUUUUGGCCUUAAGUGCUCAGUCGUGUGGAGUGUAACUCUGUGUCACAUGGCUAGAAAGGGUACCUGCCUCAAGCUCUUGGUCAUUGUCCUGGCAUGGAGUCCCGUGUGACCCUUCACUGUGGCCUUUGCAAGCUGGCCUAGUUCUGUUGCAUUUGAACCGGGGAGGAAGGAAGGUAGGGGCUACAGCCUCACACCAUGCUUUCAGCAUGAAUGCCAUCUUCUCGGGCUCUUUCAAUGAAUGGCGGUGGGGAAGAGCUGCUACUUGGGAGUAAGUUAGACCAUCUGAGAAUCUCGUCAGCCUGCCCAGAGGAGCUGGAGGACCUCCUGCCUGAAGCCCUGCCUCUCUUCCUUUACCCGACAGCAGGACACGGGACACGGGGGUCAAUGCCCUAGAUUCGCUUCAUCUUUCCAAACCAUUGGCUUCAACCUUUCUGUUCCGUGCACAUCACAUCCUCACCCUUGGCUUCGUGUAGGGGGGAUGAAGAGAUGGCCAUCCUCUCAGGAGGGGGGGAGCUCUGCCUUCAGCGUCAUCAUGGAGGUCUGCGUGGCAGUCCCCCGUCCCUCAGUGAGACCCCAGGUGUUUUAAGAAGCUGCCUUUUCAGUCUUGCCCAUGUUGUCCCAAGCUCUCAUUCUCCGGGCGUUUCUGUGACUUGGAGCGAACAUCUUCUUCACCCCAGUAGCCAGUUAGGUGGCGAACUUACAAAUCGAGCAUCCAUCAGUAGCGCUGAAGGAGAAGGUUCUUGGCUGCAUCGGCAGUAGGCAGGGUGAGGCCCUGCAAAGGCACCUUGGAAGAAAGGUCUGGCAAUCUGCUUCGGAAAAAACAGCCCUUGGGAACUCGGUGGGAACACAGGUCAGCUCUGACGUAAACAGGGCCGGAUGUGAGGCAGAAUCAACUCAACAGCAACCAGCUUGACACUGAACCUAUUUCUAGACCUCACCUUCACCAGCUUCUGUCUUAGAGACGGGGUCAGCCCCCAGGGAAUGUUUUGUUGUGCCGUGUCCAUGUCUUGUAGGAUUGGAACCAUGUAUCUGAUAUGUAUACCCCAAUGCCCUUACAUCCUCUAAGCCAGAAUUGUCUUGCUCUAAAACACUCCCACCGUCUUUUCCUUGGACUCCCCCAUUUCUCCGCCGCUGUCUCUCUUUCUGAAUAUGUGGGGACCAAACUCCUCUGCCGUGUGUGCCUGGUGUGUGCACGUCAUUGCCUCCCCCCAGCCAGGCAAGCACUUGGCAGCAUGUCUGUCGCCUCCACUCUGAUGACAGGCGUCUGUCACCUGAUCCCUCCAUCAGGUGUGCAAACAAAAGGAGCUUGUUUUUGCCCCUGAUGCUUUGACUACACUUGAGCGAUGUGGAAAACAGAAACAAACCACACACACACACGCGCACACACACGUACACACAAACCAUAAGUACAAAAUACAAAUAUGAAAACACAAAAGAGCAGGGUGUGCCUGGCAUCGCAGAAGAAUUUCUCUGUUCUUUAGAAAUACAGUCUCCUUCUCCAGGGAGCUUCAAGGCAUGGAGGACGCAUCCAGUAUUUUCCAGUGAGAUCCAUUUGAUGAACGUUUGACAUGUAGUCCCUGAGCUCUAGCAGCUAUUUUGUUGCUUUACCUUCUUUGAAAGAUCAUUUCUUGUGUUCACUCCGAUAUGUUCCUUGUCCAACGGUCCAGACUCCUAACACUGCCACCUUUGACCCUCGCUGCACUCUCUAGAAGGUUGGUGUUGAUUACCCUUUUGAAGAUUUGGCCCCAGUUUCCUAAUUUGUGUAUAGAGUCUUGUGUGCUGCAUUAGGCGAGUUCUGGGAUUUGCCUUUUGUCUUAUACCAAACACCCCUGUGUCAGAGCUGUUCCUCCCUGAGUUUUGGAAGCACUAGGGGUUUUCAUACUUAUUUUGUAGAGCACCCAUUUAUAUUUAUUUCUGUAUAUAGAAUGAAAAUGAAAACAAUAGUGUUGAAACCUUUCUUGUGGCUUGACCAUCAGAGCUGUGUUUUGGCGAAAAUGAUGAAUCCAGGCUCCAAUUAUUCUCUUUAUAAAACUGUGAUCAAGCAUGCAAUUCUGUGAAGGGAAAAAUAGUGAAUUUAGGUGAUCAGAAGUUUCGAAAAAAGAAAUUACUGGCGAGAUAUAUGUUCCCCUUGUUUCUUUGGUGCAAUAAUUAAAUAGCAAGGGAAGUUCUGUUGGCACCUACUGUCUUUUUCAUUCACUGUUCUUUACUAUUUAAAAAAUAUAUAAAAUUGUCUUAACUUGGUUGAACUUUAACAUUGACUGAUUCUCAUAGUUUUCAUUGCUGGCAUUGGCUGCUCUUUUAUCUUUUUAAUGGCAAAGCUGUGAAGAGAAAAUCGAAUUGUGCUUUCUUUGGCCCACUUCAUGUGCUUCAACAUUUCAGUUGCAGAUGAAUGGUGUUGCCUUGACUUGAGGUUGAACAAUUCCCUGCUGUAAAUGACAAAUAGUCGCAGGAUAUCCUGGUCCAUUUUCUUCCCCCUCAUCUUACUGAUUUUAUGUGAAAUAGCUAAGAUUGGGCACCAGGGAAUCUUAGAUACCGUGUAGAUUAGAUGCGUUAGAUACAAUGUGAUACAAUCUCACAUUAGAUACAAGUGUGAGAUACCAUGGAGCCAGGGCAGAGCAGGGCCAGAAAGAAGCACUAAAGAACCAGUGAAGAUCUAGGACAAUCUUUUGCUGAAAAUGAUCUUAUGAUAGAAAAUGUAAGACACAUUUUUUAAAUGACAGGAAAAAAAAAAGACGAUUUCAUUCCUUGCUUAAAAUGGAAGCUAGCAUGAUGUCUAGAAGCAUAACUUACUCCUCAUUGUGAAUACUGAAAUCCCUUUUACUAUUUGCCAUUCCAGUUUGAAUAGUUUGUAUUGAAAUUUGAUUCAUAUCUUGUGUAUGUUUUGGUGCAUUAAAGGGGAAAAUUGGUGUUUUUACUUUUGAAAUUCACAGGACAAAGGGCAUGUUAAUUGAUUUGUUGUAAGAUUGUAUUCUGUAUAUAUGUUUUCAUGUAAAUAAAUGAAAAUCUAUAUCAGAGUUAUAUUUUAAUUUUUAUUCUAAAUGAAAAGAACCCUUUUUACUUGAAGAAAAAAAAUUGUAAGCCACAUUGUUAAUAAAGUACCAAUAAUUCUA